AUGGUGGCGCCCAACGUGCACAAGCACCACACGCACGACCGCAAGGACGAGGUGAGGCAGCUCUUCGCCCAGUACGACAGCAACAAGGACGGGCACCUCACCCUCGACGAAGUCGCCCGCGUCUUCAAAGAUCUGGGAAUGAGCGAGGAGGACGCGCCGAUGGACUUCAAGAUGUGCAGCCUCGAUAGCAAGGGGACGUGGAACUGGGAGGAGUUCAAGUUCUUCCACGACAAGAUGAUCUCCGAGACGCGCAAGCCCGACAAGUCGGCCGGUGGCCACACGUCCUACAAGGCGCGCGAGGGCGAGAUCAGGAGGACCCCGGCGGCCAACGAGAAGCUGAUGGGCGGCAAGUACCACUCCGUGGUGCGCUUCGUCCCUGUGAACUGGGACGCCAUGCACGCCCUCUUCAAUGCCUUCGACUCCGACAACGACGGCUCCCUCGACAAACAAGAGGUGUUGGAUCUGCUGAGGAUUUGGGGCACGCCGCUGGACAAGCACUUACUGGACAAGGAGUGGCCCAACUGGGACAACGACUUCGACGGCCUCCUCGACUGGAACCAGUACAAGCGUCUCUUCCAGGUCCUCCUCGAGAAGCACACCCUCCACGGCUAA